AUCUUGAUAGGGCAGCGGAUCUUGCGGAAGAGGUACGAAACCUCUUCCACAUAGAUCACAACUGACAGCAGUGUCAUGAUGGUGGUGGAGAUGGCUACCACAGCGUACUUUGCUGUCUGCUUCUACCUGCUAAUGCUGGUCAUGGUGGAGGGCUUUGGGGGCAAGGAAGUGCUGCUCAGCACCCUGAAGGAUGUGUCCAUGGUGAUCAGCACUGGGCCGUGCUGCUGCUGUUGCCCCUGCCUGCCCCGAAUCACCAUGAGCAGGAAAAAGCUUAAACUGAUGAUCCUGGGGACUUUCCAGUAUGCCUUCUUCAGGGCAGUCGCUGUCUUCCUGGGGCUGAUCCUGGCUGCUGAUGGGAAUUACAACCCUGCUGACAUUUCAGCAGAAAGUGUGGCCCUCUGGAUCAACACCUUGGUUGGUGUCUCCACCCUCUUUGGGCUGUGGGCCCUGGGCAUCCUCUUCCGGCAGGCCCGGCUGCACCUGGCUGAGCAGAACAUGCAGGCCAAGUUCACCUGUUUCCAGCUCCUGCUCCUCCUGACGGCGCUCCAGCCUGCUAUCUUCAGCAUCCUGGCCAACAGUGGCAGCAUCGCUUGCUCACCGCCCUUCUCCUCCAAGGCCAGGUCACAGCAGAUGAAUAUGCAGCUGUUGAUCCCACAGACCUUCAUCCUGGCGGUGCUGACGCGGAUGUACUACCGCAAGCAGGAUGACAAGCCUGGCUACCAUCCCGUCAGCUUCGCACCCGCCGGCACCGACGUCAAGGCGUGAGCAGGAAGGAGAGACUGGGGGGGCCAACGGGCACAGUGGGGUGAGGGGCUGGUCUACCCUGCACAACCUUCUCCUCCCCUGACCCUGGGGAGCUGCUGGCAGCAGAAGAGGGAGAAGGGGAAAGAGCAUCUUGGGACAGAAUGAAAAAAUCCAUAAGCCAAGGUGGUCCAUGGAGCCACCUCCAGCCUGGAGAUUUUUGUCUAGCACUGAGUAAAGAUAAAUUUUUACUGGA